AUGGCGGAGGCCAUAGAGGAAGCACCAUUGUUUGAGACAGAGUGCUAUUUCAGUGUUUUAACAGAACAUAGCAUCUGCGCAAAGCUCCUCCGUGUGUUUUCACAAACUUGUAACCUCUGUGUCAGGAAACAGGCGGCCACUGACCACAAUGUUGAUAACACCACAGCAGUCCUUAGAGAGUGGCUGAAGAACGUGCAGAACCUCUACCAUGAUGUGGAGUGGAGGCCAAUGGAAGACCCCCAGUCUUACCCAGAAGAAAUUGGGCCAAAACAUUGGCCAAGCUCCCGAUUCACUCAUGUGAUGAAACUCCGACAGGCUGCCCUGCGCGCUGCACGAGAGAAGUGGUCAGACUACAUCCUGUUUAUUGAUGCAGAUAAUUUACUGACCAACCCACAAACCCUGAACCUGAUGAUAGCAGAAAACAAGACGUUGGUGGCACCAAUGCUCGAGUCUCGCUCUCUCUACUCUAACUUCUGGUGUGGCAUCACCCCGCAGGGCUAUUACAAAAGGACCUUGGAUUAUCCCCUGAUUCGGGAAUGGAAAAGGACAGGCUGUUUUGCUGUCCCGAUGAUUCAUUCCACGUUCCUCAUUGACUUGAGGAAAGAGGCCUCCACCAAGCUGAUGUUCUACCCCCCACACCAGGACUACACCUGGAGCUUUGAUGAUAUCAUGGUCUUUGCCUUCUCCAGUCGCCAAGCAGGAAUACAGAUGUUUGUCUGCAACCAUGAACACUAUGGUUUCCUUCCCAUGCCCCUGAAAUCGCACCAGACGCUGCAAGAAGAAACCGAGAACUUUGUGCACACACUAAUCGAGGCCAUGAUCGAUCGUCCUCCAGUUGAACCUUCUCAGUAUGUCUCUGUUCCUCCGAAGAACCCUGACAAGAUGGGAUUUGAUGAAAUUUUCAUGAUCAAUCUGAAGCGUCGGAAAGACAGGCGGGAUCGGAUGCUGCGGACUCUCUAUGAGCAGGAGAUUGCAGUCAAGAUAGUGGAGGCUGUGGAUGGAAAAGCACUGAACACGAGUCAGCUCAAAGCUCUCAGCAUCGAUAUGCUUCCGGGUUACCGGGACCCAUACUCCUCCAGGCCACUAACCAGGGGAGAGAUCGGCUGCUUCCUUAGUCACUAUUAUAUCUGGAAGGAGGUGGUGAACAGAGAACUGGAGAAGACGCUUGUUAUUGAGGAUGAUGUGCGCUUUGAACACCAGUUUAAAAGGAAGCUUAUGAAGCUGAUGGAUGACAUUGAACAAGCCCAGCUAGACUGGGAGCUUAUCUACAUUGGCCGGAAAAGGAUGCAGGUGCAGGAGCCUGAGAAAGCAGUUCCCAAUGUCAUGAACCUGGUGGAAGCUGACUACUCGUACUGGACCCUGGGGUACGCAAUCUCUUUCCAAGGGGCUCAGAAACUCAUCGGAGCUGAACCUUUCAGCAAGAUGUUGCCAGUAGAUGAAUUUCUGCCAGUCAUGUACAACAAGCACCCUGUAGCGAAGUACAUGGAGUAUUAUGAGUCCAGAGACUUGAAAGCCUUUUCAGCAGAACCCCUGCUUGUUUACCCCACCCACUACACAGGGCAGCCAGGCUACCUCAGCGACACAGAGACCUCUACAAUCUGGGACAACGAGACCGUGUCAACAGACUGGGACAGAACACACUCCUGGAAAUCCCGGCAGCAGGGCAAGAUCCAUAGUGACGCCCAGAACAAGGAUGCCCUGCCUUCCCAGUCAUCUCUCAACGCGCCAUCCUCCAGGGAUGAACUAUGACUGCCCACUUCCCCUGGGACUCUGUUGACAGCUGAACCUGCCUCACACUUCAGCUUUUCACCCUUGAAAGUUGUAGAGCAGCUCUUCAUGUGGUCUCCUUCCCACUGCUUCGAAUGGCAAAGCACAGUGGUUGGCCCUGACUGUUACAACUAACCAAGCCGCUUAGGACUGGGUGGGAGAUGAAGG